AGUUACAAUAAUGGGAGCGAAAGUGGAACAAUGUCAUGGAAAGCGAGGUCAGAAAAUGUUGGUCUCUAGUAAGCCAGUGGAUAAGCUGUCGGUGCGUUCUAUGAGUUCAGAGGAUGUAUCCGUAUCAUAUAAAAACGCCUGCUGUAGUGCAGCAGCACGUAAUCCAGCAAUAAAAACAGGACGAAGAAUUCAGUUGCUGCAGAUGAUUGUUCUACCAUUUAUACCAAUAUUGGCACUGAUUGUGCAAACAUCACUGAUACUGCACGAUGUUCUCGAUUACAGAGUGGAAGUGGCGGAUAUUGAGACGCAGGUGACCAUAGCUACUGAUCUGGGCAAAGUUGUGACGCGUCUGCAAUUGGAACGGACCGAGGUGGCCUUUUAUAUAUUCACAAACGGAAGCAAACUGCGUUCCAAUUUGACACAACGUUUUGCUGUAACAGAUCAGGCAUUGAAUAACAUGACCACAUGGAGUGAAAUUAGUGUGCCUACAUCACCAGAGGAUGAUGAGGAUGAAGUUAUGCUAAAUCGUACCGAAUUUCAAAAUCGAUUGAAUGAAUUCAGGGAUAGUGUGCGUUCCGAGCCUGAAGAUAACUCAAUGUCGGAUGUAAUGCAAUGGUAUACGUCAAUUAAUCGUGGUCUACUAUAUCAUUUAACACAACAAAUAAAGGAAACGGAUAAUAGCGCAGUUUGGCGUUAUUUGGUUGGUUUUAAAAAUCUCUUAAAGAGUAUUGAGUGCCAAAAUAUAGCUGCUUCAUAUGGUAUUAAGUACUAUGGUCGUGGGUAUUUAGGUUUGGAUGCGUUUGUCUCGUACGUACGUUAUGAAUUUCUGGCACGUGAACUGAUUAAUUCGACGCUCAACUAUGUACCAUCCUUAAAAUGGAUGUAUACUGAUAUUACUGCCUCAGAAAAUUAUAAAAAAAUGAAGUCCAUGAACUCCAAAAUUUUGAAAAAUGUUAGCGGUAAAUCAGAUGAACAAGACGCUAUUGUUUAUUACGAUACCAUGCACAACUUCACAGAUGAUCUACGGAUCAUACAAAAGGCUUUACGUUAUAAAAUUAAGGAAUACGUGGAUAAAACACUACAUGAAGCUGCCAAUAAUGAAGCUGUGGGCAUUGUCAUCCUUGUCGUGGUACUAUGUGUUUCGCCCGUCAUAAUUAUAUUGGUCAAAAAUGCAGCUGCAACAAUUCAGAUGUACGCCUUGAACUUAGCACAAAAAGCCAAGGAAUUAAAAAUUGAGAAGUGUAAAAGUGACUCGCUACUCUAUCAGAUGCUUCCACCGAGUGUUGCUAUGCAAUUAAAAUAUACACAGGAGGUACGUGCUGAGCUUUACGAAGCGGUGACAGUCUAUUUCAGUGACAUUGUUGGAUUCACAGUAAUUGCUGCUAAUUGCACGCCGCUGGAGGUGGUGACUUUUUUAAAUUCAAUUUAUCGUGUUUUUGAUGAGCGUAUUGAGUGUUAUGAUGUCUAUAAAGUGGAAACUAUUGGUGACUCAUAUAUGGUUGCCUCAGGAUUGCCAGUCAAAAAUGGUAAGUGA